GAAUGAAAUCUGUUAACCACUGAAAUUUUAUUGUAUAAAUUUAAAAACACAAUUUUGUUUAUUUGGGUUAUAAAUUAUUGUUAACUAAAUUGGACAGUCAGUUAUCAAAACAGUCAGCCAGUCUACCAUUUGCUAUCCCACCUCAAUCCCACCCCAUCUACCCGUCCAAUGUGUUUAGAUUUUUGUAAUUGGUGUUGGGCUUACGUUAGCGGACAUCGUAAGGGUUCGUUGUCGUCCUCUUACGGUAGUGAUGGACGAGAUAAAAGAGGACAGAGAUUAUCAUUGUUGGCCAGGGCUGCACAGAUAACUCAUACAACAAACAGUGUACGCGUCAAUAGGAAAGUUGUGUCCAGUUUGCCGACCCGUGAACAACAACAACUCGAUAAGAUUGAUUGGCCAAUAGAGUGGCGCUACGCUUAUAGUCGGCCGUUUGUCGAUGUGUCGCCAAUUACCGAAACGAUAUUCUUGUCGAGUGCCGGUGCCGUCAAUGUUGACAAUGUACGCGAUUAUGAUAUCAAAUGUAUAGUUAGUGUAACCCACGAAACACCGGUGCUUGCGAUCGACGGCUUGGAGUUUAUCAGAAUUCCUGUUGAAGACACCGAUGAAGAAAAUAUUGGCCAAUACUUUGAUGAACUAAGCGAUAGGUUAAGCGCUUUGAGCGCCAAAAACUCCAAGUCUUUGAUUCACUGCCAGUUCGGCAAAAGCCGAGCGCCGACUGUUGUCAUCGCACAUCUAAUGAAAUCGCAUCGUAUGUCUCUUAACGAUGCAUUUGAUUUGGUAAAGACUAGACGUCCGUUCAUUGGCCUCAACGACGGUUUCAUCAAACAGCUGAUCCAAUACGAACAACGACUGUUUGGCCAUCAGUUGACAAAUGUGGCGACAAUUAAACAGAAAAAUCGCGAUAAAGAGUCGUCUAAAGUAUGGUUAGCAAAGUAUGAGAGUUAUGUAUAAUAUGUAUGUAAUAUACAGUAUAUCACCGCUCAGUUAGUUUUUUUUGUUAUUGUUAUAAAUAGUUUUUAUACAUAC